AUGCUAGUGCCGACCUUGCCGUUCCUCCAAUCGCCCACCGAUGGCGCUGUGUCCGUGUCCGUCGCGGCGGGCUGGAUUGGUCUGAUCUGGUACAUCGCCGUGUUGGCCGUGUGCGCGUUGGGCUAUUUCCAGAUAUGGAGACACUUCUUGCGCCGACCGCGCCGUUCCCGUCUGGCGUCCGAUCCCAAUGCUCCCCAUGUCACCGCGAUUCGUCCUGUUAAGGGCCUUGAGCCACAUCUUUACGAUUGUCUCGCAGCGACAUUUCAACAGCAAUAUCCGCGCGACAAGUUGACCCUGAUCACCGAUUUCCCAGAUGUCGACGCGGGAGUCUAUAUUGAGGAGGAAGAUCCCCUCUUGCAGGGCAGCGAGUCUGGUUCAUAUGCACUUGGACCGAAUCCCAAGGUCCGGAACAUGAGUCGGGCCUACCGUGAAGCAAAGGGUGAUAUCAUUUGGAUUAUCGAUUGCAAUGUCUGGGUUGGGAAGGGAGUCUGCGCCCGGAUGGUGGAUAAAUUAUGUGGAACUGGAGCUACCCCCGGCCAGAAAUACAAGUUUGUGCAUCACCUGCCUCUGGCCGUGGAUGUGACGGGGGAAAGCAAUGUUCAGGAGCAACGACAAGCGCUCUUGGAUGCUCGUCCCGAGGCCACGGAAGCCGAGAUCGCCUUAUCCUCUAGCCGGCCAGAAGACGGGCUGGCAAGUAUGCUUGCUACCGGAGGCGGUCGUCUGGAGGAGCUGUUUCUCUCAUCCGCCCACGCGAAGAUGUACACCGCCAUAAACACUGUUCUCGUCGCACCGUGCAUUGUGGGUAAAUCGAACAUGUUCCGCCGUUCCCACUUGGACUAUCUUACCUCUUCAUCGACUGCCCAGCCCGAGCCCCGCUAUCCUGGCAUCGACUACUUCUCUGAAAAUAUCUGCGAAGACCACCUCAUCGGGGAUCUUUUAUGGCGCCGAAAGGUGCGUGAGGAAAAAGAGCUCGGUGAGCACUGGGGCAAACACGCCAUGGUCUUCGGAGACCUGGCAAUACAACCUGUCGCAAACAUGAGUGUCCGUGGAUAUAUUGCGCGUCGAAUUCGAUGGCUUCGCGUUCGCAAAUUCACCGUCUUGCUCGCAACACUUGUCGAGCCUGGCACCGAGUCAUUUGUUUGCUCUAUGUACGGCGCUUGGGGCGUCACGACCGCAUUGGCACCGUACAUGGAGCGCAAAGGAAUAGAGCUUGGCUUGAACUUGUCCACUUGGUCCGCAUUCUUUGCCUUUUUUACGUUGGGAAUGGCGUUCUGGAUUCUAGUCGAUUGGACCCUCUACGUUAAAUUACACUCUGCCAAAGCGAUCGAAUUGGAUGAUAACACGCCUUGUUUUGCACGGCCCGUUCAAGGCCGCUCUCAAACGACCCGUCGCACUUUCCUGCAGUGGUUUGCCAGUUGGUUAGGCCGAGAAAUUCUCGCGUUGCCCAUCUGGCUCAUUGCUGUGUACGGCGGUGUGACUGUUGUCUGGCGGGAUCGGCGUUUCAAGGUUGGAUUUGAUGCCAAGGUUAGGGAAAUUGAUACCGACGCUGUCUCGCCACAAAAUAUGGACGGCAAGGUGAGAAAAGUCCGACGUGAUUGA